GCGGCCGCCUCCGUCGCGAUCGGCCUCGCCGUCAAGUUCCUCCUCCCGUGCCCCGCCGAGCUGAGCUCCGAGGCGUGGUCGCUGCUCGCCGUCUUCGCCGCCGCCGUCGCCGGCUUAGUCCUGAAGCCCGCCCCCGUAGGAGCGUGGGCGUUCAUGUCGCUCACCUUCGCGGUCGCGACGAAGACGCUCUCGUUCCAGGACGGCCUAGCCGCGCUGACGAACGAGGUGAUAUGGCUCAUCGUCGUCGCGACGUUCUUCGCGCGCGCGUUCGUCAAGACGGGCUUCGGCGACAGGCUCGGGUUGUCCUUCGUGCGCGCGUUCGGGAAAAACACGCUCAGCCUCGCCUUCGGCAUGCAAGCCGCGGAGUGCGUCCUCUCCCCCGCGAUGCCGUCCACGACCGCGCGCGCGGCGGGGGUGUUCGUGCCCAUCAUAAACUCGCUGGACGAGCGCACGCGCGCGUUUCUGACGGGGCAGCAGCUGCAAGGAGGGAACGCGUCGAGCACGCUGCUCCUGUCGGCGGCGGCGCAAAAUUUUCUCUGCGUGCAGCUCGCGGCGGCGCAAGGCGUGACCUUCGCGAACCCGUUCGCGGAGUGGUUCGUCGCCGCGAGCGUCCCGUGCGUCCUCUCGCUCCUCGCGACGCCGCUCGUGCACUACGCGAUCGAUCCGCCGGAGUUGAAGGACACCCCGGAGGCGCCGAAGGCGGCGGCGGCGAGGUUGGAGCGGAUGGGCGCGCUCUCCGCCGCGGAGGCGCGUUCUAGUAUCACACUACUCCCCAUACGACCGCGUUCGCGUGGUGAACGCCGAUCCUUAAGGACUUUCUCUCCCGGCGCAUCUCUCCGCCCACACCACGGUUUCAAUCCCGACACACCUCGACGCCUUUUGACUCCGACUGACGCCUUUCAACUCCACCCCGACACGCGAAUGGUCGGCGGCCUCGGCGUGACCGUGUUCCUCUGGAUCUUCGGGUCGACCCUCGGGAUCAGCGCCGCGCUCGCGGCGAUGAUCGGCCUCUGCAUUCUCAUCUGCGCGGGCGUGCUCACGUGGGACGACGCGCUGGAACAGAAGGGCGCGUGGGACACGUUGCUGUGGUUUGCGAUUUUGAUUUCCAUGUCCUCCGCGUUGAACGCGCUCGGCGUCGUCGGCUACUUCGCCGGCGCCGUCUCGUCGUCGUUGGUCGCCGCGAACGUCUCGUGGGGCGCCGCGUUCGGCGCGCUGCACCUCGGGUACUACCUCAUGCACUACUUCUUCGCGUCGCAGAGCGCGCACGUCGGCGCGUUGUACCCGGCGUUUUUGGCGAUGAUGAUAUCGAGCGGCGCCCCCCCCGCUCUCGCCGCGUUGACGCUCGCGUUUAACACGAACCUCUUCGGCGGGCUGACGCACUACGCGUCCGGUCAGUCCGCGGUGUACUUCGGGUCCGGGCACCUCCCGCUCGCGACGCUGUGGAAGCAGGGCGCGUACAUGAGCGUCGUGAACGCGGUCGUCUUCGGCGUCGUCGGGAUGGCGUGGUGGAAAGUCGUGGGCUUGUGGUGAGUGAGGUGAAUGAAACGGUGCACUCGUAGCCGUUACGUUACGUUAUGAUAUGAUAUUAUUACUCGUAUGAUGUU